CGGUUUGCGGCAACUCUAUGUGUUAUUAGGAUUACAAACAUAAGUACACUUGUUAUAAGUCAUCCGUAUCAGUAGCUGGCUCAUUUCGGAAUUUAAUAACUUCUACAGAAUUUUUGUACACCUAUGUGGAAUAGGAGCGGUAAUAUUAACUUUAAUACAAACUAACCAACGUACGAACUUGUUGGGAACACAUAUACAUUUGUUUAUACGUAAAUAUUUAUGUGUAAUACUAAAUUAUACAGAAUAUUUUGAUAAUCAAUAACGCAGCAAUGAAGUUUUAUAAAUUUGAUUAUAACCGCACCGAAUGGGAGAUACCUGAAAUUUAUCAAAAAGCGCAACCAGUUGGGUCUGGUGCUUAUGGGCAGGUGAUCAAAGCUCAUGUUGAGGGCACAGAAACGUAUGUGGCUAUUAAACGACUGACCCGUCCCUUUCAGUCGGCUGUGCAUGCCAAGCGUACUUAUCGCGAGAUACGUUUAUUAAAGCAUAUGGAUCACGAUAAUGUCAUAGGGUUGCUGGACAUAUUCCAUCCUCAUGACAAAGAUGUAACACUGAAAUCAUUUGAACAAGUGUACUUAGUAACACAAUUUUUAGAUGCUGAUUUAAAUAAUAUUAUAAGAACUCAGCGACUUUCAGAUGUUCAUGUGCAGUUUUUGGUAUAUCAAAUACUUCGUGGUCUUAAGUAUAUUCAUAGUGCAGGCAUCAUCCAUCGCGAUCUAAAGCCGUCCAAUAUUGCCGUAAAUGAAGAUUGUGAAUUACGUAUUUUAGACUUUGGAUUGGCACGUCCAACAGAAAGCGAAAUGACUGGUUAUGUAGCCACAAGAUGGUAUCGUGCCCCGGAAAUUAUGUUAAAUUGGAUGCAUUACAACCAAACAGUUGAUAUCUGGUCCGUUGGUUGUAUUAUGGCGGAAUUACUUACUGGACGAACUUUAUUCCCCGGUACUGAUCAUAUAAACCAAUUAAAUCUUAUCAUGGAAAUAUUAGGUACACCACCCGAUGACUUUAUGCAGAAAAUCUCAUCAGAAAGUGCGCGUAAUUACAUAAAAUCGCUACCACCGAUGAAACGGCGCAACUUUAAAGAAGUAUUUAAAGGUGCUAAUCCACUAGCAAUUGAUUUGCUGGAGAAAAUGUUAGAGCUGGAUUCAGAAAAACGUAUUACAGCAGAGCAAGCAUUAGCGCAUCCCUAUCUGGGUGAAUAUUCGGAACCAAGUGAUGAACAAACUUCGCCAUUAUAUGAUCAAAGCUUUGAGGACAUGGAUUUGCCAGUAGAGAAAUGGAAAGAACUAGUCUUUAAUGAGGUUAAAAAUUUUAAAAGGCCACAAUCGUUUACAAAAAUCUUAGAAAAUGUUAAUAAAACAUAAAAGCAAAGUUGCGGUUUUUCGUAUGUACAUAUGCUCAAAUGGUAUUAAAUGCUAAACAUAUUGUUGAAAAAAAAGAAAAACAAUAUUAUUCAAGAUAAUUAUAUUAUUGCUUUAAAAUAUUUAUAAUGUUACUUGUUAUUGUAAAAGUGAAUGUUUGUAAUUACAAUUGUUAAUGUUUCUGUGUUUAUAAUGGUAGACAUAAAUUCAGUAUCAGUGCCUUAUUAAAACCCUGAAAGCAAAAGAUCUAUACUAAAUAUAUAUUUAUGUAUUAUUUAAUGUACAAAAAUUUUCAUAUUGUUUUAUAGUAUUUGUUUAUACAUUUAUGUAAGUUUCUAUUUCUACACGUUUGUAUAUUGUUUCCAUUUGUACGAAAACUAACUUAUUGAUACGAUUGUUAUUAAAGAAAAAUGUAAUAUCAACUUUUUUAUAUGUGUUUAUUAUAUCUUUAUUGCAAAUAAAAAUUGAUAAAAGCAUUUGAUGAUAAUGUUAUAU